CCCGGGACUUCGGACCAGUCUCGCCAACUGCGUCGCGCUCUCCCGCCGCGGAGGCUUGGGCGGUCGCUCCCUCCGGGCAUCGGGGGGCGUUUGUCCUCGCCGGCGGCGAUUUGGGCUUCGCUCCUCUUUCCGUACAGUUUUUCCCCCUCUUCUGCAUCUCUGGGUUUGCAAAUGGAGGCCGACGACGCCGACAGCCCGCCCCGGCGCGCCCCGGUUUCCCGACUCCGCCGCGCCGUGGGCCGCUGCUGCCGGCGCUGAGGGGCCGCCUCGCGCCACCCUCCCCUUUCCACGCCGCCCUCCGAGGAUCGUCGCCUGCGCUCUUGUUUUUGGACGAGAGUGAGGACUGAGUUGGAGACUUUUUUUUUCCCCUUUUCCUUUUUGUUCUAUUUUCUUUUUCUUUUCCUUUUUUCUUUGUUUUUGUUUUUUUUUUUAAUAUUUUUUUUUUGAGAAAAGGGAAUUUCGUCCCAAAUAAAAGGAAUGAAGUCUGGCUCCGGAGGAGGGUCCCCGACCUCGCUGUGGGGGUUCGUGUUUCUCUCCGCCGCGCUCUCGCUCUGGCCGACGAGUGGAGAAAUUUGCGGGCCCGGCAUCGACAUCCGCAACGACUACCAGCAGCUGAAGCGCCUGGAAAACUGCACGGUGAUUGAGGGCUUCCUCCACAUCCUGCUCAUCUCCAAGGCUGAGGACUACCGAAGCUACCGCUUUCCCAAGCUCACGGUCAUUACCGAGUACUUGCUGCUGUUUCGAGUAGCUGGCCUCGAGAGCCUGGGUGACCUCUUCCCCAACCUCACGGUCAUCCGUGGCUGGAAACUCUUCUACAACUACGCACUGGUCAUCUUCGAGAUGACCAAUCUCAAGGAUAUUGGGCUUUAUAAUCUGAGGAACAUUACUCGGGGGGCCAUCAGGAUUGAGAAAAACGCUGACCUCUGUUACCUCUCCACAAUAGACUGGUCUCUCAUCUUGGAUGCAGUGUCCAAUAACUACAUUGUGGGGAACAAGCCCCCAAAGGAAUGUGGGGACCUGUGUCCAGGGACCUUGGAGGAGAAGCCCAUGUGUGAGAAGACCACCAUCAAUAAUGAGUACAACUACCGCUGCUGGACCACAAAUCGCUGCCAGAAAAUGUGCCCAAGUGUGUGCGGAAAGCGAGCGUGCACCGAGAACAAUGAGUGCUGCCACCCGGAGUGCCUGGGCAGCUGCCACACGCCGGACGACAACACAACCUGCGUGGCCUGCCGACACUACUACUACAAAGGCGUGUGCGUGCCCGCCUGCCCGCCCGGCACCUACAGGUUCGAGGGCUGGCGCUGUGUGGACCGCGAUUUCUGCGCCAACAUCCCCAACGCCGAGAGCAGCGACUCCGAUGGUUUCGUCAUCCACGAUGGCGAGUGCAUGCAGGAGUGUCCCUCGGGCUUCAUCCGCAACAGCACCCAGAGCAUGUACUGCAUCCCCUGUGAAGGCCCCUGCCCCAAAGUCUGUGGUGACGAAGAAAAGAAAACGAAAACCAUCGAUUCGGUGACGUCGGCUCAGAUGCUCCAAGGAUGCACCAUCUUGAAGGGCAAUUUGCUCAUUAAUAUCCGACGGGGCAAUAACAUUGCCUCAGAACUGGAGAACUUCAUGGGGCUCAUCGAGGUGGUGACUGGCUAUGUGAAGAUCCGCCAUUCCCACGCUUUGGUCUCCUUGUCCUUCCUGAAGAACCUCCGUCUAAUCUUAGGAGAGGAGCAGCUAGAAGGGAACUACUCCUUCUAUGUCCUGGACAACCAGAACUUGCAGCAGCUGUGGGACUGGAACCACCGGAACCUGACCAUCAGGUCAGGGAAGAUGUACUUCGCUUUCAAUCCCAAGCUGUGUGUCUCUGAAAUUUACCGCAUGGAGGAGGUCACAGGGACAAAGGGCCGCCAGAGCAAAGGGGACAUCAACACCAGGAACAACGGGGAGCGAGCUUCCUGUGAAAGCGACGUUCUCCGUUUCACCUCCACCACCACCUCGAAGAACCGCAUCAUCAUAACGUGGCACCGGUACCGGCCCCCGGACUACAGGGAUCUCAUCAGCUUCACAGUGUACUACAAGGAGGCACCCUUUAAAAAUGUUACGGAAUAUGAUGGGCAGGAUGCCUGUGGCUCCAACAGCUGGAACAUGGUGGAUGUGGACCUACCUCCCAACAAGGAGGGGGAGCCUGGCAUUUUACUGCAUGGGCUGAAGCCCUGGACCCAGUAUGCUGUCUAUGUCAAGGCUGUGACCCUCACCAUGGUGGAAAACGACCAUAUCCGUGGGGCCAAAAGUGAAAUCUUGUACAUUCGCACCAAUGCUUCAGUUCCUUCCAUUCCCCUAGACGUGCUUUCAGCGUCCAACUCUUCUUCCCAGCUGAUUGUGAAGUGGAACCCCCCGACCCUGCCCAACGGUAACCUGAGUUACUACAUUGUGAGGUGGCAGCGGCAGCCACAGGACGGCUACCUGUACCGGCACAACUACUGCUCCAAAGACAAAAUCCCCAUCAGAAAGUACGCCGACGGUACGAUUGACGUGGAAGAGGUGACGGAGAAUCCCAAGACAGAAGUGUGUGGUGGUGAUAAAGGGCCCUGCUGUGCCUGUCCAAAAACGGAAGCCGAGAAGCAGGCCGAGAAGGAAGAGGCUGAGUACCGCAAAGUCUUUGAGAAUUUCCUUCACAAUUCCAUCUUCGUGCCCAGACCCGAGAGGAGGCGGAGAGACGUCAUGCAAGUGGCCAACAGCACCAUGUCUAGCCGGAGCCGGAACACGACGGUGGCUGACACCUACAACAUCACAGACCCGGAGGAACUGGAGACGGAGUACCCUUUCUUCGAGAGCAGAGUGGAUAACAAGGAGAGGACGGUCAUCUCCAACCUGCGGCCUUUCACUUUGUACCGCAUCGACAUCCACAGCUGCAACCACGAGGCCGAGAAGCUGGGCUGCAGCGCCUCCAACUUCGUCUUUGCACGAACGAUGCCCGCAGAAGGAGCAGAUGACAUUCCUGGACCAGUGACCUGGGAGCCAAGACCUGAGAACUCCAUCUUUUUAAAGUGGCCCGAACCUGAGAACCCCAAUGGAUUGAUUCUGAUGUAUGAAAUAAAGUACGGAUCGCAAGUGGAGGAUCAGCGGGAAUGUGUGUCCAGACAGGACUACAGGAAGUAUGGAGGGGCCAAGCUUAACCGGCUAAACCCAGGGAACUACACAGCCCGGAUUCAAGCCACCUCUCUCUCCGGCAAUGGGUCGUGGACGGAUCCUGUGUUCUUCUAUGUACCAGCCAAGACGACAUAUGAGAAUUUCAUGCAUCUGAUCAUUGCUCUGCCGGUCGCCAUCCUGCUGAUUGUGGGGGGCCUGGUAAUCAUGCUGUAUGUCUUCCAUAGAAAGAGAAAUAACAGCAGGUUGGGCAAUGGAGUGCUGUAUGCCUCUGUGAACCCUGAGUAUUUCAGCGCCGCUGAUGUGUACGUGCCCGAUGAAUGGGAGGUAGCUCGGGAGAAGAUCACCAUGAGCCGGGAGCUUGGACAAGGGUCCUUCGGGAUGGUCUAUGAAGGAGUGGCUAAGGGUGUGGUCAAGGAUGAGCCUGAGACCAGAGUAGCCAUCAAGACCGUCAAUGAGGCUGCAAGUAUGCGUGAAAGAAUCGAGUUUCUCAAUGAGGCUUCGGUGAUGAAGGAGUUCAACUGUCACCACGUGGUCCGGUUGCUGGGUGUGGUGUCCCAAGGCCAGCCUACCCUGGUCAUCAUGGAACUAAUGACACGUGGGGAUCUCAAAAGUUAUCUCCGGUCUCUAAGGCCAGAAGAGCAACAGAAUAAUGUAGUCCUAAUUCCUCCGAGUUUAAGCAAGAUGAUCCAGAUGGCCGGAGAGAUUGCAGACGGCAUGGCGUACCUCAACGCCAACAAGUUCGUCCACAGAGACCUUGCUGCUCGGAACUGCAUGGUAGCUGAAGACUUCACAGUCAAAAUUGGAGACUUUGGCAUGACACGAGACAUCUAUGAGACAGACUACUACCGGAAGGGAGGGAAGGGGCUGCUGCCUGUGCGCUGGAUGUCUCCUGAGUCCCUCAAGGAUGGAGUCUUCACUACUCAUUCAGAUGUCUGGUCCUUUGGGGUUGUCCUCUGGGAAAUUGCCACACUGGCUGAGCAACCAUACCAAGGCUUGUCCAACGAGCAAGUUCUUCGCUUCGUCAUGGAGGGCGGCCUUCUGGACAAGCCGGACAACUGCCCUGACAUGCUGUUUGAACUGAUGCGUAUGUGCUGGCAGUACAACCCAAAGAUGCGGCCCUCCUUCCUGGAGAUCAUCGGCAGCAUCAAGGAUGAGAUGGAGCCCAGCUUUCAGGAGGUCUCCUUCUACUACAGUGAGGAGAACAAGCCCCCCGAGCCGGAGGAGCUGGAGCUGGAGCUGGAGCCUGAGAACAUGGAGAGUGUGCCGCUGGACCCCUCGGCCUCCUCAGCCUCCCUGCCUCUGCCUGAAAGACACUCAGGACACAAGGCCGAGAACGGCCCGGGCCCUGGAGUACUGGUCCUCCGCGCCAGUUUCGAUGAGAGACAGCCUUAUGCUCACAUGAACGGGGGACGCGCCAACGAGAGGGCUCUGCCUCUGCCCCAGUCUUCAACCUGCUGAUCCUCAGACACCGAAGCACGUGCAGACAGUAGCGUGUGUGCCCACUCGGUGGGCAGGGGGAGAGCAGGUCGUAACAAUCUAUUCACAAGCCUCCUGUACCUCAGUGGAUCUCCAGAACUGCCAUUGCUGCCCACGGGAGACGGCUUCUCUGCAGUAAACACAUUUGGGACCUUCCUUUUUUCGAUAUGCAAGCAGCUUUGUAUUUCCCUCCCCGAACCCUUAACUGACAUGGGCCUCUGCAAACCUUAAGGACAGCACUUAAGAGCAACAGGACACUCGAGAAUCGAGUCUCCUCAUUCUCCGCCUUUCUCUUCUGCCUUCCUUCUCUCUCCUCUUCCUCUCUUCUACUUCCACUCUCUCCUUUCCCUCUUUUCUGCUUCACAAUGGGAAAAAUGUUUGCUGAAAGCCCAGCUGGGAAGCCUCAGAUUGACUUCAUGGCCAUCCCUGGGGCUCCUCAUCACCCCAUACACACCUGCCUGACACCGUAGGUCUUUACAAAAAAAAAAAAAAGAGAGAAAAAAAAUGCACACACUGAGAUGGAAUUUUUUAACUGUAUCUUUAACCUUUUUAGGGUCAUCUGAAAUUUUCAAAGGGCCAUUGUUCAUCCAUGGUUGUUAUCAUUUUCAUGCUGCCAAAUUUUGCCAAAGUUCUGUUCGUUUGUUUUUGUUUUGUUUUGUUUUUUGUUUUUUGUUUUUUUUUUCUCAUGCGCACACUCCCUGCGCUGAUUUCCUUUUGUCCAGAGGCAUGGGGGUGACACAUGGCAUCAAGUCGAUAAUACCGUUCGAGGGACACGUUGGCGAUGCCUCCACUGUGCCCCGGUGUGCUCUUCAGGCCCACGCCCCCCCUGGGUCUCAUUGUUCUGUGACGACUUGGUUACUGUUUGGGAGAACUGGGCAAGAUGGAGCCUGCCCUCACUGAAGAUGGGGACGGCUGAACUGGCUCCCCUAUCCCCACCCCACCCACCACAGCACCCCAGGAAUUCUGGAGGAGAUGGCCAUGAGCAAGCCUGAAGGUCAGGUUGUGGGUCAAGGUGGUCCUCAGACCAGCUUCCUCCCCCUGCCCCAGGCUCCCUCCUGGCCCCCAGGGGUUGCAGAGACUCAGCCCAGCCGUUGGUGCAGAUGUGCAAGGAAGGGCUUCAGGCAGCAGCACAGCAGCAUGCAGCAGCGCAGGCAGUGGACCCCAGCGUUGACAUGGUCCCUGUUACUAGGACUUCUUCAUGGGUCUCUCAGUUCUAUGGUAGACCGUGAAACAUUUGCAUACACAUCGUCUUCAAUGUCACUUUUAUAACUUUUUUACGGUUCAGAUAUUCAUCUAUACGUCUGUACAGGAAAAAACAAAAAAAAGCUGCUAUUAUUUUUGUUCUUUAUCUUUGUGGAUUUAAUCUAUGAAACUUUCAGGUCCUCCUACCCUUUCUUCCUUUCCGCUCACUCCAAGAAACUUCCUAUGCUUUGUACUAGAGUGUGACUUUUUUCUUCCUCUUCUCCAGUAACUGAUGCUUCUAGAACAUAAUUUGCCAUGAACUGUUGGAUGCCUUUUUAUAAAUACAUCUCCUUUCCCCUGCUCCCUGCAGCCCCAUUCAUUAUCUUCUAACCCAUAGGCCCUGUGGGCGCAGUGCUGGUCGGGGACGGAGGAGGAUGGGAGGCCAGGAUCCAGGUCCUGCUGGGCCUUACUCUGAUUCCCACACUUCCCUGCACACAGCAUUGGAGUCUGUUACCAUGCAGGACAGGCCACGAACUCAGGUCAGAAACAAAAAGGUUAAAAAAUCUCACACCCCCUGGUUUACUGUUUAUAGUCCCCAUUGUUAGAAGGCACACCCUUGCCUUCUCUUUCUUGGUUGGGUUGGGACACACACAUAAACAUACUCAUUUGGGGAUACAAUAGCAGUUUUAACUGCAGACAGUAGGCAUUUGGAUUUUUUUUGUAUGGAUAUUUAAUCAUUCUGGUCCCCCAUACACACACACACACACACACACACACACGCACGCACGCACGCACGCACGCACGCAUACACGCACACACACACAAACAGCUGAUGAGUCCAUAGGGUGCAGCAGAGCAUGACCUAGCGGCCCCUCUGCCAUCACCCUCACCAGACCGACCUACCUGUCUUUGAAACCAGAAUGUCUGAAUGGGUGGCCUCCAUGUGAGCAAGGUGCAGGGUACCGACACCCCGUGGCCAGAAGCCGCAGCCUCAGUGGCGUUCUGGAGCCCAUUCCCGGAUCAGAAGGUCUGAGCAGCAGACAGAGCAGAGCUGACCCCAUGGUAGCCCUGGGGUCCUUUGCUGUUCCUUAGCUAAAAUGGCAGACCUGUGGACCUGGCGGUCCUGUUGAGUUUUUAAUACUUCUUACCAGAGUGGUGACAGCAUGAGAGUUGCUUCUGGGAUGGAAAUAUUUCAAUUAUGAGCAAGAAAAAAAGCUGGAAGAUGAUGAUUGCAGACAGGAGAUUAAACACAGAAAAGAAAGUUUGUAGUUCUCUGGCUUGUCUGUAGUUACAGGCUCACGGCUCUUAGUAGCCUCUGCCCCACAGUGUUUCCCCUUAACAAAAAAAGAGAAAAAAAAUGUUAUUAAGAAGGUAUUACAUGUAGGAGUUUUAAUUUAUUUUGUGAUACCUGUUUUAAUCACUGUAGAGAAGCCCCCAUUAUGAAUUUAAAUACUGAGGAAAAUGUGUGUGUGUGUGUGUGUGUGUGUGUGUGUGUGAGAGAGAGAGAGAGAGAGAGAGAGAGAGAGAGAGAGAGAGCGCUGGGACAGUUUUUGAUGGGGGGAGUUUUGUUUUUGAAACAUUUAUCUACCUCACUCUUAUUUUUCAUGUGGGUAUAUAGAAAACAAUACAUCUCACACUUCUCAGUACCUGACAGUAGGCCAAUGAUACUGGUAACCUCAUCCACACCACAGGCCACAUACCCGGGUGAAGCAGAGAGAGGCCAGGCUGGAUUCUGGGGUCAAAGCAACACUAACUCACUCAGCCUCCCCCACUCCUCUCCAAAAGCUCACCUUUCCUGGGGCAUCUUUGGUCAUUCUCUUCCUCACCUGGUUCCCUCCCAGGUUUCCCUGCUUCCAACCCAGCACCCCCAUGUGCCCAGAGCACACCGGUGGAGGGGUUCCCUUGCCCGUCCUCAGCUGGCUGACUUGGAACAGAACGUUAUACAGAUUGAAUGACCGACAUGUAUCAUCCCCAAGAGAGCAGGUACUCCCAGGUUUUGAGAGCAGGAGGCACCAACAACACAUAGAUUGAGAGUCCCGACGUGUGCACAUGUAGGGUGUCCUGUGGGUUCCCUCUGCCGCUCUUCUAGGCCUGCACGGUGGCAGGGGCAUCCGCCAUUGCUGUCUUGCAUUGGUUUCUCUCCCAGGUACAGCCAUGUCAGCAGUUAGAGAGCUCUGCCCUCCCCCUGCUUCUGAAAGAAGGCCAGUAUGAUAAAGGGGGGCAGGUCAAAGCCUGCACCCCCUGCAGGCUGCUGUACCUCCUUCCUCCUCCCUGUCCCCCCAGGGCUAAACAAGGACUGACCAAACCUCCUUGAGGCUGGACAGCCAGUGGUUGGCACACAGCCUCCCCUGUGCUCUGCCUUGUCCAUCCCAUCACUUUGCUGCUCAUAGGGGUGGACAGUGCACUCCUCAGUUCCAGCAGCUGCUCUCACAGGCCCUGGGGACUUCAGCUGGGAAACAGGGUGGGUGAUUUUUCUCCCCCAGUGUGGAGAACUGCCUAACAGUUCGGUACUUCAAGUUAAGCUCAGGAGUCCUUUUCCUCCUGCCAGACUGCCGCCCUUCUCUGAGUUCCUAAGAGCUCACAGGGUCCCUGGGAGAUACUGUUUGAUCAGGGUUUUUUUCUUCCUCUACACUCUAGGUGAUCCCAUGGUAUAGUGGCCUCUCCUCUCUUGCACAUACCUACCAGUUUCCAUAACUGGAUUUCUACAGAUCAUUCAGCUGGUUCAUUUUUGGGUUGUUUUUUUUUUUUUAAUUGUCCAAGUUCUUGGUGUUUUUUUUAUGUAGAUUUUUUUUUCUUUCAAGUAGAGAGCACUUAACAGUGUAGUGCCCAUCAUAACAAAUGCUCCAGAAAACACUUCAGAAAAAGUAAAGUUUGCUUGUAUGAUGGUGCAGUCAUUUUGCUGGACCGACCUACCCAUCUUGACUAUUGCGAGACAUCACGUAUCCACAGUUCUAGCCUACUUUCAUGCUGAUUUUUCCCACCUCCUCCUGAUUUUUCUCUAUAUGCUCCAAGUAAUCUUACCAAGCUGAGUUACGGCCUUUUUCAUGCAACCUCCUUUCCUGACAGCAGCUCACACUGCUUGAAGUAACGUGAACCACUGAGGCACAUCGUUCUGGUGAUGUGAACAUUAAGGUGUUCUCCCACAAAGCCCUUUCUUGAGGCAGCAGGAGCUGAGUUGUGGAGACACAGUCGAACCCCAUCUCCUUUCAGGAAGGUCAUAACAUGGACUCUUAGUUGGAAUGAGGCUUCCUCUCCGGAACAUAGAAGACUGUUGGAGGCCAUCAUCGGCCUCUCCCUCCAGCCUGUUCCUUAGGACUCGGGCAGUUCGAAGGUAGGGAAAGCGGCUUCACAAGAUAGACAAGUGAUCGUUGUGAAAUGAGCAGAUGGCAGUAUUUGGUAUGCGGUCGUGUUUUUCCGGAUAGGCUAACAGAUGGAUGAGCUCUGUAUGAUGCCAAGUUCUAAGCCAAGUGUGAGCUCCUGGAGCCCACUUUAGCCCACCUCUGUUGGCAGUGACUGUACCUGAAGCAAGCAAGCUGCUGUGGCAAAGUCACACUAAGCUCAGGUGGGUGAGAAGGCCAGCAUGCGUACCCAAGGCCCUCUGUCGUCAUUGUUGGGUCCUCGGAGAGUGGCCACGCUGUGUUGGAGGCAACUCUUUUCCUAAACCAACAUCCUGCAGUGACAAGACCACCGUAUUGAUAUGCUUUGGCCCAUUUUUAACAGUAAUCAAUUUAUGGUUUUGGAUUUAUUUUAUUUUCUUUUACUUUGUGUUUGUCUUUUCAUUUCCUGGGCUGAGCAGCAGCAUUGGGAGACCUGGACCAGAGAGAUCCACUCCUUACAAACCAGUAACGAUGGUCAAAACUUUCUCACGCCACUCUGAACUAGGUGUUGGUACAAAUGAGAACUUCAGGACGGGAUGUUUGCUGAAAGUAUUCAGCCAGAGGUGCUGAAGAUAGAAACCUCGCACAGGCCAGGUUUGGGCCUCCGACCCUGACAGCCGGUUGGUUAUUUAGAGAAACCAACAUUCCUUGAUAGAAUGAUGGGAUGGCCAGGCAGUAGGAAGCCAUAGUAACUGGGAUCAGGACGUGGAGAGAGUUGCUGACGGAAGCGUAAAGGGCUUGGAAGAAGCAUGGACCAUAUUUGGACGUGAUGGUUUCUGAAGGUGUGAGACUACAUCGAGGCUGUGGCGUCAUCGUGGGCAUUUGGUUUCAGAUAAUAAACGUAGCAUCCUGCUCUGGAAACUUCUCCUAGAGCUAAGCCUCGUGUUGAAGAACUCAGACUCCAUCACACUUACCAGUGGAGUUGUCGGUCUGGGGCGUGCUAGGGAUUGGUUUUAUUUUGUUUAUGUGAGGACUUCAUAAUCACUGAUUUGUGUGUCCACAUUUGUGUCUGCAUCUUUCCAGUAAACAUUUUUUUUUUAAUUAGUCACUCAUUAUCGUUUCCAAUAGGGCUUGCUUCUAAGUCCAGUAGAUUACGGGUAGUCAGUUGACGAAGAUCUGGUUUACAAGAACUAAUUAAAUGUUUCAUUGCAUUUUUGUAAGAACAUAGAAUAAUUUUAUAAAAUGUUUGUAGUUUAUAAUUGCUGGAAAUAAUUUAAAAACACUUUUUCCCCCUCUGUGUGUGCAAAUAUGUGUUUAUGGUCUUUUUUUUUUUUUUGACACUUGUUUACUAGCUAGCUUUACAAUAUGCCAAAAAAAAACCAAAAAAAAAUUAAAAAAUUAAAAAAAAAAUUCCCCCACCCCCACCCAAGCUGUGGUUCACCCUCUUUCCCACA